GCUGUUCUUUUGCCAUUCCCCAUUUUUUGUGUGAUAAAGCCCAACGACCUCGUCAUGGCGCAUCGGAAGAAGGUACUGCUCAAGGUGAUCAUCCUCGGCGACAGCGGUGUUGGCAAGACGUCGCUGAUGAAUCAAUAUGUGAACCAAAAGUUCACGAACCAGUACAAGGCCACAAUUGGCGCCGACUUUUUGACGAAGGAGAUCAUGAGCGAUGAGAAACUCGUGACGAUGCAGAUUUGGGACACAGCAGGACAAGAACGAUUUCAAAGCCUUGGGGUGGCGUUCUAUCGAGGCGCCGAUGCAUGUGUGUUGGUGUACGACAUUACGAACCCUGCGUCGUUCGACAAACUCGACAGCUGGCGUGACGAAUUUCUCGCGCAAGCUGGACCUCGCGAACCUGGAUCGUUCCCGUUCAUCGUGCUUGGCAACAAGGUGGAUCAAGAAUCGGAUCGAAGGGUUUCGACUCAAAAGGCGCAACAAUGGUGCAAGUCCAAGAACACUGACCAGCCCAUCACGUUUUUUGAAACAAGUGCCAAGGAAGCGACAAGUGUCGAGGAUGCGUUCCAAACCAUUGCUAAGAUCGCGCUUCAAAAAGGCCAAGAAGAAAACAUCUUUGUGCCUGCCGCGACGAUCGACUUGAGCGGCGCCGCGUCCAAGUCGACGAAGAGUGGCAGCAGCUGCUGUUAACAUAGUUUCUGAAGACAUUGAAAGAACGGCCAAGUUAAUUCGUUGCAA